AUGAGAACAUAUAUUGUACUCAUUUUCAUUGUUGAGAGAAUUUUUUGCAAUAACACCAGACAGAGACUUAUUACGUUGUUGAGAACUGAUCAAAAAUUUCAUGAUCAAUGGGUACAUCUAAUCGAAUUACAACAUCGACAAGUACAUGGACAAAAUAUGGGUAGUGCACUGGAAGAAAUAACAGAUUUGAUGUUGAACUGUAUGCCUAAAUUAGAUCCUAAAUUGGAUCACAUAGAUUAUGUGUGUCCGACUGAUAUACAAUUGUACGCCGAAUUGGGUCAGCUAACACGAUAUUGUAAUGACAGUAUCAUGGAACUGAUUAAAGGUAGAGCGGAUUCAUGUCAGCAUGCCAGUUACACCAGUUCAUUUCCAUCAAUUGUAAAAUUUUUGAUGAAAUUCGUUCGAAAUCUAACAGUUAUUGAAACAUCAAAUGCGACGAAGCUUGGAAAUCAAACGCAAUAUUUAGUGGAACAAUUCAUGGAACACAGAAGUUGGCGAAAUAAGUGGAAGUUGAUUGUCAUAAUGCCAAACAUGGAGGAUGGCGAAUUGCGGGAGCCUGAGCAAUCUGCAGUUGAAGUAAUGAAGUCAAUUAAACUAUUAUAUGAAGUGAUACCACAACGGACGAUUUUAAUUGUGGUACGAAGUUCCACUCUACAACUAUGGCAAGAUGCAUCUAAUGCGCAUCGUGCAUGUCAAACAUUGCUGGAACCGUGGAAGCUUUAUAAAAACCUGAAUCCGGUUUCCAUUUGGGAUCAAGUAGAAAAAAUUUGCGGAUUACAUUUUCAAAGUUCAUUAUUUACUGUACAGAUUUUACCGCUCUUGAAAGAUGCCUCAUUACCUUUCUUAUCUGGCUCGAGUCAGAUAGACUUAUCCUUGCUUGGCCAUGACUGUGUACAUUUAUCACCACGUGGUUUAUCUCUCCUUCACAUAGCAGUAUGGAAUGCGAUAUUAACGAGACUACCUGAUCGAUCGCAAACAUUCAAUUUCUCUCUGGAACGACCCCUUUGCGUUGAUCCACAGUGUCCAUUCAUUCGUACUACUAAAAAUAGUGCUUUCUGUAUUUGGAAUCAUCAAAAAAUAAAUGAACAUGGUCGUCGUUCAGAGCAACUGAUUGCGAUCAGUAUAUUAAUCAUAGCGACAAUAUUAUUUAUUAUAAUUCUUGGUAUCAUGUGUUGCUUUAGAAGAUAUGAUAAUAAAGUUAAUGAAGUAGCAGAAAAUCUUUCCAAAAAGCCACCGGUAGGAGUUGACUGGACCUCAUGGAAAUAUAUAGAUGAGGACAGCAGUGUAUCUUAUAAAUCCUAG